AUGUCCGCCACGGUGCCGAGAAACUUCCGGCUUCUUGAAGAGUUGGAGAAAGGAGAAAAGGGUCAAGGUGCAGAGGCUUGUUCCUACGGUCUUGCAGAUGGAGAGGACAUGAUGAUGAGCAACUGGAAUGGGACAAUCCUUGGCCCUCCCCACAGUGUCCAUGAGAACCGGAUAUAUAGCGUAAACAUCCAUUGCGGUCCUGACUAUCCUGACAACCCUCCCACGAUCCAGUUCAUUUCACAAGUCAAUGUUCCCUGCGUCGAUCAGCGGUCCGGAAAGGUUGACCCAUCAAAGCUCCCUUGCCUUGCUCAGUGGAAGCGCGAGUUCACCAUGGAGACCGUCCUGAUCGAGCUGCGCCGAUACAUGGCUUUACCCCAGAACAAGAAACUGCCCCAGCCGCCAGAGGGCGCGACUUUCUUCUAA